AGCAAGGAACCAACGCCGUUGGAAUAAAUAAGUAAAACCCCCCCCUAAAAACCAUGGACCACAGUGGAACCCCAACGCCAGCGCCGCGCGCAUUACUUAAGUCCAAAGUGGUAAUGACACCCUCCGUGGAACGCGAACCAUCACCUGGCUCUCACCGUAUCGAGGAGGACUACCAACGAUGCCGCUUGUGCACCCGUCACCACGCACUGCGUCUAUGCCCCGUGUUUGCAAGUAUGCAGCCGCAGCAACGGUUUUUGUUGGCAAGGGCACAUAAAUAUUGUACGAACUGUCUGGCGUUGUCGCACACUACAGCUGAAUGUACCUCAAGUGGUCUUUGCAAGGUUUGUUCGCUGCAGCACCACACCCUCUUGCAUCGACGUAGUACAUCGACAGUCCGCCGCAGCAGCCCGAAUGCCGCAGUGCAGCCCCUCAAACGACUAGUUCAGCCCAAGUUACACUCCCCACAACGUGGGGGAUCAGGGCGUACCCAAGCUCGCUCCAAGCACCUCCGACACCAUCCAACGGCCACGAACGUCGAAAACCGUAGAGUCCGGCGCACGAAGGAGGGACUGCAAACCGCAAAUUACCGAGACAAGACCACAAAGCUAUUGGUUCAGGAGGCGCUCAGGGCACUCCAGGAGUUAAAGGAAGCACUAUCCGCUUAAUGCGGCUAGGGCCGGCUGGAUGUUCACGCGAACAACGCUGCAGCACGUUCGCCGUUAACUUCUUCGGAUCAUCCAAUUACAUUUUUUUCUUCAUAUAAACGCGGCAAUUUGUUUGCAAUGAAUUUUGUAUUUUUCUAUUGAAUUUUUAUCUUGAGCACUGAAUUUGUAAAUUUGUCUAAACUGAUAGUCUAGGCGCUAUGUAAGCAUCUGGCGAUACGGGUGGCAAUGCAUGUAUUGUCUACUCGUAUCUGUGUAGACUUUUUUUUGACAUUUGUUUUGCAUACAUAUAUAUAUUCUCGUUCUUGUAAGCCUCCGAAAAGGUCGCAGUGCUCGUGCGCGAAUAAAUUAGAACUUUAAUCUUGUACUGAAUUACUAACUUUUAUACGCGAAAGUCGCGAAAAUAAAACUGUAUUACAAAAGAAAACGUUCACGAGUUUUAUACGUUCUUGUGCGCGAUUCAGGUCAUUUGUGCGUCUAGUUUCUAUCGCUGCGUGCGUUUUGCAUACAGGUUUGCUGCAUCCAUCGUUGGAGCUUUGCUAGUCCCGCCGUGGGAAGAGAGCUACGCCCACGUUGACCCUAAGCCAUUGGUCACCCAAUCGACGCCGUAACAUCUGCACCGCCAAUAAU